AAUUUUUAAAUAAAGUAUCAGGAUCUUUUCAUUUUUUAAUUUUAAAUGUUUAGAAGGUGAUAAUUCAGUUAUAAAAAGCUUAAAUUGACUGAAAACUGAAUUGGCUUUUGUGAGCAAUUUCAAGCGACUAUUUGAGUUUACUGAAAACUUCAUAUAUGGGCAACGGAUGUUUAAAGUUUUGUCGUUAUUUUUUUAUAAUAUUAUUAUGUUAUUAACAAGAAUACUUUACUGUCAUUUAUUACAAUUUAUUUGAAUAUGUAUUAUAUACAAUUGCGUCUACAGACUUAAUAUUAUUUAUCAAUUGCUUAUUGAAUUAUGGCUGUACGUCGAGGAAAAAGGAAUUUGAAAUUGCAGGUUUCUGAAGAGACACCCGUACCUGUCACUCCACCAAGAAAUCUAGAUAAAAGAACUACAAUAACCAUAGGUGAUAAAACAUUUGUGGUAGAAGCAGAUGAUUUAGAAACAAUUUGUAUUCUUGGACGUGGAGCAUAUGGUAUUGUGGAUAAAGUACGACAUAAACAAAGUGGUACUAUUAUGGCGGUUAAGAGAAUAACUGCAACAGUUAAUACACAAGAACAAAAACGUUUACUUAUGGAUUUAGAUAUUUCUAUGCGUAGUUCAGCAUGUCAGUAUACAGUACAAUUUUAUGGAGCAUUAUUCAGGGAAGGAGAUGUUUGGAUAUGUAUGGAAGUUAUGGAUAUGAGUUUGGAUAAAUUUUAUUCAAAAGUAUAUAAGCAUGGACGUGCCAUUCCUGAAGAUAUUUUAGGAAAAAUUGCUUUUGCAGUAGUAAGUGCAUUACAUUAUCUAUAUUCACAGUUGCGAGUAAUUCACAGGGACGUAAAACCUAGUAAUAUUCUAAUUAAUCGAAAAGGAGAGGUUAAGAUCUGUGACUUUGGUAUUUCUGGUUAUCUUGUGGAUUCUGUUGCUAAAACUAUUGAUGCUGGCUGUAAACCAUAUAUGGCUCCAGAAAGGAUAGACCCAACAGGUAACCCUUCACAAUAUGACAUCAGAUCUGAUGUUUGGUCAUUAGGUAUAUCUCUUGUUGAAUUAGCAACAGGAAAAUUUCCCUAUGAAUCUUGGGGAACACCAUUUGAACAAUUAAAGCAAGUUGUAAAAGAUGAAGCACCAAAGCUACCAGCUGGUAAAUUUUCCACCAGUUUUGAUGAAUUUAUUACUAAAUGUUUAAUGAAAGAUUAUACUGCCCGUCCAAAUUAUAAUCAACUAUUAAAACUUGAGUUCAUCACAGAGCAUGCCAAAAAGGACACAAAUGUUGCUGAAUUUGUUGGAGAAAUUUUGGAUCUACCCGAAGUUGAGUAAUCAGUAUAAUAUACAAAUAUUUUUGACAUGGUGUGUUACAUGAUUUAAUAUAAAAAACUUCGUAUUGUGUAUCGAAGUUUUAUUAGUUCUCUAUAUUUGUCUUCGUGUCAUAUUAUCACACAUACACUAUAAACAAAUUCAAGUAUAACAUGAAACGUAAUAUGUGUAACUUUUGUCUAAAAAAUCAUUUCUUCAAAAGUUCACAUUUUUGUUUAUUCAAUAUGUAACCUAUGUAUAAUUUUUAUUAAUAAUCUCUUCAGAUUAAUAAUUAUUCUUUCAAGGAAGAGUAAAACCAUGUAAAUAAUAUACAAAUAUUUUCUCACGAUAUAAUGAUAGUUUGUUAUUGUAAUAAUGUAGUAAAUAAAAUCCAAAUUAUAAAGACUUGAUUAA